AAGUAACCGACUCACCCAGUUGGGCACUUUUGAAGACCACUUUCUCAGCCUUCAGAGGAUGUUCAAUAACUGUGAGGUGGUCCUUGGGAAUUUGGAAAUUACCUACAUGCAAAGGAAUUAUGACCUUUCCUUCUUAAAGACCAUCCAGGAAGUUGCUGGCUACGUACUCAUUGCCCUCAACACGGUACAGAGGAUCCCUUUGGAAAACCUGCAGAUCAUCCGAGGAAAUGUGCUCUAUGAAAACACCCAUGCCUUAUCCGUCUUAUCCAAUUACGGCACAAAUAAGACCGGAUUGCAGGAGCUUCCCCUGAGAAAUCUACACGAAAUCCUACAAGGAGCUGUGCGGUUCAGCAACAACCCUGUCCUCUGCAACGUGGAAACCAUCCAGUGGCGGGAUAUCGUUGACAGCGAUUUUGUAAGCAAUAUGUCGAUGGACUUCCAGAACCAAGCGGGCAGUUGCCAAAAGUGUGAUCCAGACUGUCCCGAUGGAAGUUGUUGGGGUCCGGGAAAGGAGAAUUGCCAGAAAUUGACCAAAAUCAUCUGUGCCCAGCAGUGUUCAGGGCGCUGCCGUGGCAGGUCCCCCAGUGACUGCUGUCACAACCAGUGUGCCGCCGGCUGCACGGGGCCCCGCGAGAGCGACUGCCUGGUCUGCCGCAAGUUCCGGGAUGAAGCCACAUGCAAGGACACCUGCCCGCCACUCAUGCUCUACAACCCCACCACCUACCAGAUGGAUGUCAACCCAGAAGGAAAGUACAGCUUUGGUGCCACUUGCGUGAAGAAAUGCCCCCGUAACUACGUGGUGACAGACCAUGGUUCGUGCGUCCGUGCCUGCAGUUCCGACAACUACGAGGUAGAGGAAGACGGCGUCCGCAAGUGUAAAAAGUGUGAGGGGCCUUGCCGAAAAGUGUGUAAUGGAAUAGGAAUUGGUGAAUUUAAAGACACACUUUCCAUAAAUGCUACAAACAUUAAACACUUCAAAAAUUGCACCUCAAUCAGUGGAGAUCUUCAUAUCCUGCCCGUAGCAUUUAGAGGUGACUCCUUCACGCGUACUCUACCUCUCGAUCCAAAGGAACUGGAUAUUCUAAAAACUGUAAAGGAAAUAACAGGGUUUCUGCUGAUUCAGGCCUGGCCCGAAAACCGGACCGACCUCCAUGCUUUUGAGAACCUAGAAAUCAUACGUGGAAGAACAAAGCAACAUGGUCAGUUUUCUCUUGCGGUCGUUGGCCUGGACAUAACGUCCUUGGGAUUACGCUCCCUCAAAGAGAUAAGUGACGGAGAUGUGAUCAUCUCAGGAAACCAAAAACUGUGCUAUGCGAAUACAAUAAACUGGAAAAAACUAUUUGGGACUUCAAGUCAGAAGACCAAAAUUAUAAACAACAAAGAUGAAAAAGGCUGCAAGGCCAUCGGCCACGUCUGCCAUCCCUUAUGCUCAUCAGAGGGCUGCUGGGGCCCAGAGCCCAAAGACUGUGUGUCCUGCCGAAACGUCAGCCGGGGAAGGGAAUGUGUGGAGAAGUGCAAUAUUCUGGAGGGGGAGCCAAGGGAGUUUGUGGAGAAUUCCGAGUGCAUACAGUGCCAUCCAGAAUGCCUGCCCCAGGCCAUGAAUAUAACCUGCACGGGACGGGGCCCAGACAGCUGUGUCAAGUGUGCCCACUACAUCGACGGCCCUCACUGCGUCAAGACGUGCCCAGCUGGUGUCAUGGGAGAGAACAAUACCCUGGUCUGGAAGUUUGCCGAUGCCAACCGUGUGUGCCACCUGUGCCAUUCCAACUGUACCUACGGUUGUGCUGGGCCAGGUCUUGAAGGCUGUGCAACCAACGGGCCCAAGAUCCCAUCCAUUGCCACCGGCAUUGUGGGUGGCCUCCUCUUGGUGGUGGUGGUGGCCCUUGGGGUGGGCCUCUUUUUGCGCCGGCGCCACAUCGUCCGGAAGCGCACGCUUCGUAGACUGCUGCAAGAAAGAGAGCUUGUUGAGCCUCUUACACCCAGCGGAGAAGCUCCCAACCAAGCUCUCUUGAGGAUCUUAAAGGAAACAGAAUUCAAAAAGAUCAAGGUGCUGGGCUCUGGAGCGUUCGGCACGGUGUACAAGGGACUCUGGAUCCCGGAAGGUGAGAAGGUUAAAAUUCCCGUGGCCAUCAAGGAAUUAAGAGAAGCCACAUCUCCAAAAGCCAACAAGGAAAUUCUUGAUGAAGCCUACGUGAUGGCCAGCGUAGACAAUCCUCAUGUGUGCCGUCUCCUGGGUAUCUGCCUGACCUCCACGGUCCAGCUUAUCACACAGCUCAUGCCCUUCGGCUGCCUCCUGGACUAUGUGCGCGAGCACAAGGACAACAUUGGCUCCCAGUACCUGCUCAACUGGUGUGUGCAGAUUGCAAAGGGCAUGAACUACCUGGAAGACCGGCGCUUGGUGCACCGCGACCUGGCAGCCAGAAAUGUCCUGGUGAAGACACCACAGCAUGUCAAGAUCACAGAUUUUGGGCUGGCCAAACUGCUUGGAGCCGAGGAGAAAGAGUACCACGCAGAAGGAGGCAAAGUGCCUAUCAAGUGGAUGGCUUUGGAAUCAAUUUUACACCGAAUUUAUACCCACCAAAGUGAUGUGUGGAGCUAUGGAGUCACCGUUUGGGAGUUGAUGACCUUUGGGUCCAAGCCUUAUGACGGUAUCCCCGCAAGUGAGAUCUCAACCAUCUUGGAGAAAGGAGAGCGCCUCCCACAGCCGCCCAUAUGCACCAUCGAUGUCUACAUGAUCAUGGUCAAGUGCUGGAUGAUAGAUGCAGACAGUCGCCCAAAAUUCCGUGAAUUGAUCAUCGAAUUCUCCAAAAUGGCCCGAGACCCCCAGCGCUACCUUGUCAUCCAGGGAGACGAGAGGAUGCAUUUGCCAAGCCCUACAGACUCCAACUUUUACCGUGCCCUGAUGGACGAAGAGGACAUGGAAGACGUUGUCGAUGCCGAUGAGUACCUCAUCCCCCAGCAGGGCUUCUUCCAUAGCCCCUCCACAUCCCGGACGCCCCUCCUGAGUUCUCUGAGUGCCACCAGCAACAAUUCCACCGUGGCUUGCAUUGACAGAAAUGGCCUUCAGAGCUGCCCCCUCAAAGAAGACAGCUUCCUUCAACGGUACAGCUCAGACCCCACUGGCACCUUGACCGAGGACAACAUAGAUGACACUUUCCUCCCAGCACCUGAAUACAUAAACCAAUCCGUUCCCAAAAGACCUGCGGGUUCUGUCCAGAACCCCGUCUAUCACAAUCAGCCUCUAAAUCCAGCUCCUGGCAGAGACCCUCACUACCAAAAUCCCCACAGCAACGCAGUGGACAACCCUGAGUACCUCAACACCCACCCUCCCUGCGUCAACAGUGUGCUCGACGGCCCCAGCCUCUGGGCCCAGAAAGGCAACCACCAAAUCAGCCUGGACAACCCUGACUACCAGCAGGACUUCUUUCCCAACGAAGCCAAGUCAAAUGGCAUUUUUAAGGGCCCUGCAGCUGAAAAUGCAGACUACCUGAGGGUAGCACCACCAAGCAGUGAGUUUAUCGGAGCAUGACCAUGGAGGAUAGCAUAGGACAUAAGAGUCUCAGAUGUGUCACCCCCCCUGGGACCAAGCCACGGCAGCUACGUUAGCGCUGGUAGUCAUGCCCAUGUUAACUCUCGGACCCGUGGACUGGUUUGGCCAUAUUUGCUCUGAUGGACCCAUCCUUCACCCAGGAAGCGCCCCCUCCUCGGAUGCACUUUGGAAAGUUGCUGGGACAUUCCUUUGUCUUCAAACUGUGAGGCCUCCACAAAAAGGCAUGCAGCAAGAAUAUUGUCUCUUUGGGCAGAAGUUCACCUUUCCAUGAGGUAUAUUUGAUACAAAACAAAACAAAACUGCAUAAGGAGUUUUAUUGCUUGGGGACCCUGGGAGUUUUUAAUUGUCAUUAUUGAUUUUAUUUCUCAUGGGCUUUUCCAAUGAGGAAGAAGCUUGCUCAUAGCACUUGCUGCACGGAGUUGAUCCAGGCCCAACUGUGACCAAGAAGCAAGGGUCAGAGUCUUCCAGCUAACAUUUGAUUCCACUGACUCUGCUUCAAGAUUCUUCCACUGCAAGACAAUUAAAAAAAAAAAAAAAAAAAAAAAAAACUAGAAGUACUCUGUGUCCUAAGCAGGACUGAUUGGUACUGUAGCAAAUCAGAGCAGGUACAAGAGGAUAAGCCACUUUGAACCCUUCCUGAGCGCAAAAGAAAUGGAGGGGGUAGAAUUCUUCUUCAGACUUCUUUUUAUAUAAAUUUCUUCAUGGUACUUACUCUCCAUCGGUUGACCAGUGUUUUCUAGUUAGAAGUAUUGGACUUACUUGUUUAUUUUCCAUUCCACUGUUUUGAAACUCAGUAUGCUUUCCCUGUCGGUGAGAGGAGACGGUACAUCAAACCGUAACCUGGACCGGCUCGUAUUUGAUCAGCAUUCAGACCAAUAGCCUUUAAUCAAGAUGGAACGAUAAUGCAAAAGUUCACACAAGAACAUGGCUCCCAGAUUUGAGUCUCAGAGAAAAUACAUCAAGUCCUUUGGGGGUUGGGGAUUGGGCAUAUAUCAGGACACUGCAGAAAUGAGGAGAAGCUGCUCCUAAAACUCCCACCCCGCCCCUUACUACCAAAUUAGGCUACUUAUGGGAGAACAUUUCCUUUUUAUUUUACUUUAGAAGUUUUUUACUCAAAGGGUACUUAUUUCCCCCCUCUCUGGUAAGCUGCCCCCAAAGCCCCUCCUCACCCUUUGUGAAUGAAAGGAUCCAGGCUUUGGGGCCACCAAGCAGAAACUGACAGCCCUCACCCCUGGGGGCACAUUUUACAGGGGAAAGUAAAAACACUAUGCGUCGGGGAAUUAAAGUGGUAAAUAUGAAAUCGGAGUUUGAAAUCGAUGAUAAUGCCUUAACAACAUCCACAGGUAAUUUUUCGAAAAAAAAAAAAAUUCCCUCUUAAGACAAUUGCCCUAUCAUUGGAGGAUCCAGUUAAUUUAGGACACCCAAGUGUUUUUCCACCUCGUGGGUCCUCGCAGCCUGAUCGGUUCAUGGCAGUCCUUUGUACAGAGGUGUUAAACACUCUUAGUCCAUAUCCAGUGUUUCAAGGAAAAAUCGUGUCAGACAGUAUUUUCGGCCUACGGAUGUGUUCAGCCACACACACGUAUGAGAUUUCCCUUCUGUUGUUACAGUAUUUAUUGGUUCUCAGAUCAGGGCCCCAGUUUUGUUACCAAUAGAUUGACUUUGUCCCAAUGGAGAUAUGAACUCUAUUCAAUUCAAUUCCACUAUGUUUUCAGAUACUCUUAAGCACCUAUGCCAGCCCAGCAUAGGCUCUAAAGAUAUUAAAAUAAAUAAAACAUAAUCCCCAAUUCCAAGAAACCCACAGUUUAGCAAAGGGAAUUGACUUGACUCAUAAACAGAAACCUUAAAACAAUAGGACAGAUGCUAGGCAAAGACAGGUCAGCCAAGCAUGGACCGCACAGGGCAGAGAAGAGUGGGUCCUGCCUAGGGGGACCUGGAAGGCUCAUCAGGGAGGGAGUGGUAGAGUUGGGCCAAACCAACUAGGGUCUUAGCCACAAGGGAAAUGGAAGUGUGUUCCCAACACAUGAAACCUCGACCAAGAAAGCUUCCGCCGGAGGAACUGCUAAUAAAGUGGGAGAAAAGCUGCAUUCGUGCAUCUUAACAAGCUGUCCCUUUAAGCCUGGGAUCUAGCUUGCAGCGUCCCCCCCAGUGCCCAAAAUGUGGCGUCCUCACUCAGGAUCUGAAAAUGAUUAGUGAAAAGAUUAAAUAUUUCUAAGACUCUAAAAUUUUAUGCCAUUGUCAGCAAACCACUUUCAUUAUUUAUUCACCUCAGAACAUAAAUAUUUUCAUCAGAAGUUUAUUUGGCCCUGGGAAACAGACUGAUGCACAUUUUGUUACCACUUAUUCAUCAAGAAGCAAGUGAUUGGUGAGGGAGAGCAACUGUAUGUCAGUCCAACUGUAGCAGUUAAAUCCUAGUAUUUUUGUAAUUUGCAAUAUUUUACUAUAACAUAAUAAAACAG